CCCAACGCCAACGCUCGAGAGAGAGAGAGAGAGAGAGAGAGAGAGAGAGAGGACUCGUUAUUCAUUCCCACUUGCAGAGUCUGAGUCUGAGUCCGAGUCUGUCACUCACUCUCCCUCCACUUCUUUCUUGCUGCUUAGCUCUUUGCUUCUCUCUCCCUCGCUUUUCCGCCGAUCACCGCAAGCACAUCCUUCCAGUUCCCACUCCGUCCUCCAGUCCUUUGCUCGGCUCGCUGCUCUGCUCUACGUCGAUCCUUGGGAUUUGAUACCGGAGCAGGAGAAAUGUCCAACUUCUCCGGUCAGAUCAGGGCAUCCUCGUCCCUAAUGAGGCGCCUCAGGCACCGCCUCAGCGAUGAUCCGGCACGCCUCCUGCAGGUUCGGUGCUUCACUACCACCGAGGGCCAUCGCCCCACGAUUGUCCACAAGCGCAGUCUUGAUAUCCUCCACGACCCCUGGUUCAAUAAGGGAACAGCAUUUUCUAUGACUGAACGGGACCGUCUUGAUCUUCGAGGGCUUCUUCCUCCCAAUGUUAUGUCCACCGAACAGCAGAUUGGUCGCUUCAUGGAGGAUUUGAAGAGGCUCGAGCAGCAAGCAAGAGAUGGGCCAUCUGAUCCUUAUGCUGUGGCUAAGUGGCGGAUCCUCAACCGAUUGCAUGAUAGAAAUGAAACUAUGUAUUACAAAGUUUUGAUUGCCAAUAUUAAAGAAUAUGCGCCGAUAGUAUAUACACCGACCGUGGGUCUUGUGUGCCAGAAUUAUGGUGGCUUGUUUAGAAGGCCAAGGGGAAUGUACUUCAGUGCUGAAGAUCGCGGUGAAAUGAUGUCUAUGGUGUACAACUGGCCAUCGGAGCAGGUUGAUAUGAUUGUUGUAACGGAUGGAAGCAGAAUACUAGGACUUGGAGAUCUUGGAGUUCAGGGAAUUGCUAUUGCAAUUGGGAAGCUAGAUCUGUAUGUUGCUGCUGCUGGAAUUAAUCCACAAAGGGUGCUCCCUGUGAUGAUUGAUGUAGGAACUAACAAUGAAAAGCUUCUAAAGGAUCCCUUGUAUUUGGGAUUGCAACAACAUCGCCUUGAUGGCGAUGAUUAUCUUGCCGUCAUCGAUGAAUUCAUGGAGGCUGUGUUUACUCGUUGGCCCAAUGUGAUUGUGCAGUUUGAAGACUUUCAAAGCAAGUGGGCUUUCAAGUUAUUGCAACGAUAUAGAGACACCUACAGGAUGUUUAAUGAUGAUGUCCAGGGAACGGCUGGAGUCGCAAUUGCUGGCCUCUUAGGAGCUGUAAGAGCUCAAGGAAGGCCGAUGAUUGACUUUCCAAAAAUGAAGAUUGUUGUUGCUGGUGCUGGAAGUGCUGGAAUAGGUGUUCUGAAUGCUGCAAGGAAGACAAUGGCCCGAAUGUUGGGAGAUACGGAGACAGCUUUUGAUAGUGCGCGGAGUCAAUUUUGGGUGGUUGAUGCAAAGGGUCUGAUCACAGAGGAACGUCAAAACAUUGAUCCAGAAGCUCAGCCAUUUGCAUGGAAAGUUAAAGAAGUUAAACGUCAAGGAUUGAGGGAGGGUGCAAGUCUAGUGGAAGUGGUGCGUCAAGUGAAGCCUGAUGUGCUUCUUGGAUUAUCUGCAGUUGGGGGAUUGUUUUCAAAAGAGGUAUUAGAGGCAAUGAAAAGUUCAACUUCAACUAGACCAGCUAUCUUCGCAAUGUCAAACCCCACCAAAAAUGCUGAAUGUACUCCUGAAGAAGCAUUUUCCAUUGUUGGUGAAAAUGCUAUCUUUGCAAGUGGAAGCCCGUUUCAAGAUGUAGAUCUUGGAAACGGUCAUAUUGGGCACUGCAACCAGGGAAACAACAUGUAUCUUUUCCCAGGGAUUGGACUAGGUACUCUUUUAUCAGGCUCUAGGAUCAUAUCUGAUGGCAUGCUUCAGGCAGCUGCUGAAUGCUUAGCUGCUUACAUGACUGAAGAGGAGGUUGUCAAAGGAGUAAUAUUUCCUUCAAUUUCUAGCAUUCGAGACAUAACAAAGCAAGUAGCUGCAGCUGUUGUGAGGGAAGCAAUAGAAGAGGACCUAGCUGAAGGAUACCGUGAAAUGGAUGCUCGUGAACUUGGAAGGCUUAGCCAGGAGGAAAUUGCAGAGUAUGUGGAUAACAACAUGUGGAGUCCAGAAUACCCGACAUUGGUUUACAAGAACGAUUGAUUAGUUGCUUCCCAAAUGUUGUAGCCAGACUCAAGGAAACAAGUCAGGACCGGAAGAAGUAAAGUAUACAGGAAAACGAUGAGUGACUUUCAUUAGCUGUCUUUCUUUCACAGCCAAUAACACCAUACUGUCGUUAUGUGCAUUGGCAUAUGUAUCGAAUUCGAUUCAUAUCUUGAGUGAGCAUGUAAUCCCUGUUCCCUGAAUUUGUUGUGCUGCUCUGUCGUUUGGACUGUAUACCACUGUGCUGUGUUAACACUAUGUAAUCUCAAAAUAUUUGAAUGAAAUAAAAUUUGUCACGGGCCCUCAAAUUGGGAAU